AUGACAGAGAGACCACUGGCCGCUGCCAGUCCGCAUCCCGCUGGCGCGAUCGUGUUUCUUCGCGAUGGGGACGCCCCUACCUCAACUUGUGCGCCCAUAGCUCUUAAUGGCAGCGUCACAAUGCGAGAGUUGGCGGAGGAGUACUGCAUCAGCAGCGUAUUAGAGUGUGAUGCGACAGGCUGUGUGCAGCCGCGGGCAGUGGCUCUGGACUCGCCAUUAGACACCCUCCACGGCGGGAAGUAUUACAUCGCCAGACGCGACUUGCCACGGGUGCGGCGCUCCCCUCGGGUCGCGUUUCGCGGGAAGAUAACGGUGGAAGAGUUCGAGGCGGACCACGCGGUGACAACACAACAGAAGGAAAACUACGGUCUGCCUGCGGUGGCCGCGAUUCACUUCACGAGAAAAGUCUCACGGAAGCGUCAGCAACGCGACGAAGAUGGAGAGGGGGAGAAUGAAGACCACUACAAAAAAGAGACGGAAGAUGAUGACGACGAUGCGGGGCUCAUGUACGACAAUAUUGAGGCGGCAACGCACACGUUUGCACCGUUCGUGGGUGAUCUUUACGGCGACGGUCGCGAGGAGCUAAUCCAACUCAAAGAUAUACAUCGGUUGUGCGAAAAUGUAGAGAGCGAUGAAGCCGAGUUCUUUGCACGGCACGCACAGGCGAAUAGAGUUUUGUUUGAGGCGAAGAAAGCGCUUCUCCUCCUUUCCGGUAGUGGCGGAACUGAGGGAGGUGCAACAGUGGAGUAA